CCUUCACAACUACUCUGGCGCGUUUUUGAAACGGUCCUCGGAAAUAAUGCAUUUUCAACACUAAACUUCAACACAUUAGCGAAACACGACUCUCGCGGCUUCUACUUUCCGUUCGUGCAUCGGAGGGCGACAUGAGGACAAUGUGCGGACCUGUUUCGGGAAGUGUUGCGCGGCAAAAUUUAUUCGAAUGAAUUGUUCAGUGUUUUGCUAGCUUGUUUUCCAUUUGUUACGUGAUAUGCUAGCAGACCAACAAAUGUUCAUCUCAGACCGUGUGCGUUUGUUUUCAUAUUGACGCGGGGACGCAAAUUGGAAACAGGAUUUUUUACUUUUUUCGUGUUUACGGUUUCUAAAUUAUGGCUGGUGUGGUGGCAAUGGCGUCUGUCAUAGAGGAUUUUGACACGCAGCCUUGCAAGAAAUCUAGCAAAGACGGUGGGAAUUCUGUUGUCAAAACAAUCACCAGCUACUUCUCCCCUGUCGCCAAAGCUGUGGAGAAACCUUUCUCGCCCCCUCGUUCCAAUAACAUCAUGGACUACUUCAGCCGGGGGUCAUUGACAUCCAAAGGGAAGACCAGCCCAUUAGAGCAGCCUAAGGAGACCAGUCAUGAGUCUGUAGAUAAACACGCCAAAGCGGACGUAGCAAUGAAGCAGCCGCCGGUCAAACGGAGGAGAAAGGCCACUAAAGUUGCAAGGAAACUUGUGGAGCCUGACCCUGUUUGCUUGGCCGAUGACAGCAGCUGCUUUAUUGAGGAGGAGUUGCAUGAAAACACAAGCUCGGCAGGGGAAUCCAGCCGUGUGUGUGGUGUCUUUGGUAGUGAUGCCGCUGUUCUUCUGGCUCAGCUUAGCUCUGAGAUUUGUGCCACUAAUGGACCACUAGUGACCCAAAAAGAAAAACAUCAUGAUGAUGCCUCUAAAUGUGGAAACAAUACCUCUUCUAUAGUUGUGAAGGACAAAUGUAUCAAAACGUCAGGACACAAUUCCAAAAAGAGCAAACAAAAGCAGGCAUAUCAUUCUGAAUCUGAGGAGAAGGUGUCAGACAGUUCUCCCUGCGAGGCCAGCAUAGAGGUAGACACUGGUGAGGACUCUCAGUUGAACAGUAGCACCAUCAUGAUAUCUUUUAAGGAUUUUGUGCGCACUCAGAGUGAGAGUGCAGAAAAUGUGCUGUGUGAGGGAAAUAAAGCACUCAAAGACUCUGAUGGAAUAGACAACUCCAAUUCUGGAGAGGCGCCGAAGGAGCUGUCUAUCCAAGUUUCACCGCGAACCAUCACUAUCCAGGCUCAAAUGCACAGUGUCUCCCCCAAGCAGGAGCUGGGGAAGCCUCCGCGAAAGGCAGCCUCGCCAAUCAACAGGAGAAAGGCUACGAGAAGACCUGCUAAGGAAUCUCCGGUGAAGGGUAAGCAGAAAUCCAAUGUCGUUCUUGAGGAGGAGGAACUUGACUUGGCUGUGAUCGAGAGUGAAUCCACACCUAAGUGCCCCAACGCACAGAAGAGACACUUCAUGGCUGCCUUCCGGCAACCCAGUCUAGAUGGGUGCAAAACAAAUAAGAACAAAAACCAGACCAAGCAAAAGCAACCAUCAGAGUGUGGUGUCGAUAACACAACAGAAGAAAGUGAAAGCCAGGAAACCAAAAAAGCUCCAAACCUACGAAGAAAAGGCAAGAAGAAGGCAGAGGAGACUGUGGCCCCUAAAUCUGAAGGCAACGGUGAGGAGCCACAUGCUUCAAAUCCCUCCGUCUCUAUUGUGAGGAGGUCCAGAAGAGAGGCUGUGGUCAAGCAGGCCGUCAAAGCUUCACCAGAAACUCGGGAUGGUUUAAAAGAUUCUGCUGCUUCUCCCAAAGAGACUUUUGUCAAGUUAUCCACUUCGAAAACACACAAGUCCAAACAUGGAGUCUAUGCAGCGGAGAUGGUGUGUCCUCCUGACCGUAAAGAGAGUCCAAUCAGGAUAAAGUUUAGAAGACUUCAUCAAAAUGUAUCUGGGGGUGGCAAGAACCCGCUAGUGGCCUCUACUGUGUCGAAUGACUCAAAAAAACAGAGGAAGGCAAAACAACUGGUAGAGAAAGCGAAAGCCAUUCAAAAGAGUAAGAAAUCUGCUGCUGUUGAAGCUAAGAACACCCUAAGGCGUUCGUCACGAGCGAAGGCAUCAAUCGCAAAGACUUAUUGUGAAGACGAGGAUUCUGUCAUCUGCCUGGAAGAGGAAGAGUCUGCUUCUCCCCAGGUUGGACAACAAAAUAAAAGUCGGAAGUCACUACGAAGCCUCAACGAAGUUCUGGGCAAAGCUGUUAAAGCUCCUUCAGGUUCCAAGGUUGCCGUGCUGGGCCAUGAGAAGAAUGCUUCUAAGACAUCUGAUGUGAUUUCAAUAUUCGAUGAGAGCAGUCGAGAGGGUUCGGAAAACUCCCAGGAUGAUGAACAGUUUAGGGCUCGAAGAGAUUUCCUGAAGAGCGGCUUGCCUGAAUCUUUCAAGAAGCAGAUCAACAAGGCCGUUGCCACCAAGGAGGCGUACGCCCUUUCUUGUUCCUCUUUCCAACCUGUCAUGCAUUUGACACAACCGCCCACUGAUUGCCCUCUAUGGGGUCUACCCUGGCCCGAGUCUCCAAAACUGUGUCAUCUCAAAGAGCUUAGCAUCCAAGUGUCCAAGCCACCUCCAAUUCUGAUUGGCUCCUUUGCUGUGAAGAAAGAACCAGAUGUUCGAGUCUUCUGCGAACGAGGCUCUGGCUGGAGGCCUGAAAUGUCAGAAAAUGUUCGCCAGAUACUUGUGGAAGAGGUCAAAACCUCAAACCCUCCUUUCCCCUUUAAGACAUUCCUGCCCCGCCUCUUGGCCAGACGUGCCGAACACCAGCAUCCCUCAGAAGCUGCAAGCACACAUUCAUUGGAGCCAGUAGGAGGCAAGAGGAAGCGGAAGGAUGGUGAGGGGUCCAAAGUAGCUAAGAAGCAGCGGGCCGCCUGUCUAGAAAGUUCUUCCUCCGAGCCGGAGACACCUAAAAGGGGAGGUCGAACAAGACGAACCCAGAGAGGAACCAAACUGAGUGCGGAGGGAAAAGACAGGCCUUUGCCUGGAACAGAUAACAAUUUGGUUGUGCUUGAUGACUUGCCUGAGGACACCGGGAAAAAAGAGGGAGCAAAGGAGGAUGUGUUGUGGACAGAAAAAUACCAGCCGCAGCACUCCGGUGACAUCAUUGGCAACGCAUCUUCAGUGCAGCGACUUCACAGUUGGCUGAAGGAAUGGAAGCUCCGUGCUGACCGGGAGGAGAGGAAUAAGCAGAAAGAGAAGAAAAGAGAGGAAGACAGCAAUGACUGCGACUGGGACUGUGGAGAUGAUGACCCCCUGCUUGCAGAAGACUCUUUGUGCAACACAGUCCUCAUCACAGGACCCACAGGAAUCGGCAAGACGGCCACAGUCUAUGCUUGUGCUCAUGAGCUCGGCUUUAAGGUAUUUGAGGUGAAUGCUUCCUCUCAGCGGAGUGGCCGCCUCAUCCUUUCCCAGUUGAAGGAAGCCACCCAGUCACACCAAGUGGACAGCCAGGGAGUCAACGCCCACAAGCCCACCUACUUCAACAGCUACAGUGCAAGCAGCGCUGGCAAGCAUGGAGUCUCUCCCAGGAAGCUGAACUCUCCCCGCAGUGUCAUGUCCUCUCCCAGAAAAACUCCCCAAUCCCCGAGAGAUGCUAAAAAGGGAGGACUGCCGCCAACAUCUUUAGCCAAUUUCUUCAAAAUGGGCAAAUCCAGCAACAAGGAACUUUCGAGUGUUAAGCAGCACGAUCAAAAGGCUUCUAUCAAGCAGAAAAAUGCACAUGUGGACACCCCGAAGCAAAAAAAGGCCAUGGUCAAAUCACAUGUGGCUUGUACGGUGAACAAGGACAACAACGAAGAACAGAGCAAGAAGACACCGGCAACCUCGCUUAUCCUCUUUGAAGAGGUGGACGUGAUUUUUGAUGAAGACUAUGGCUUUCUUGCCGCUAUUAAGACAUUCAUGAGCACCACCAAGAGGCCAGUCAUCCUUACCACUAGCGAUCCUGCUUUCAGCACCAUGUUUGACGGCAUCUUUGAAGAGAUCAAUUUCAAGACACCUUCUUUGCUGGACGUGAGCAGCUACCUGCGCCUGUUGUGUCUGGCUGAGGACACAAGGACAGAACAGCGCGAUGUCAGCGCUUUGCUUCAAGUCAACGGCUGUGACAUCAGGCAGAGUUUGCUGCAACUGCAGUGCUGGACUCGCAGUGCUGGUGGACGCCACGUGACCACGACAUCGCUUGACGCCAACCAAAUUGGAACUAAGCUGAAGGCAGAUCCAUGUGGAGAACAAGCAGAGGCCUUGCGGGUUGCAUCACCUCAGCCUCCAUGUGAAAGCGGUUGCACUGAGAGCCUGCUGGGCCUGCUGAAUAUCCAGCCCGAGGAAGACAUUUGGGAGCUGCUUGGGAGUCGGAAAGAUGAGGCGGCGUGCUGGGAGCUGGUCAUGGAGAGCAGUCGACGACGAGUGAACAUUCUUUAUUCAAACAUUGAGACCCUCUUACCCUUACCCUGCACACAGUUGACCACCACCUACAAACUCAAGCCCCCAUCUGAUACUGUUCAAUCUGACACACUGCCUUCCCAAGCAAGGCAGUUGCAGUCUGUUGAGUCAGCCGAUUGCUCAGACGACGGCAGUCCGGUGAAAGUGUCCCACAGGAUGAAGAAAAACAAGAUAAGACACCGCUUUCCUGAUCAGGAUGGAGGCUGCUCAGACUCUGACUCAGAGGAGAGCUUCCUCUCUCUCUGCAAGCUGCAGACAGUUCUGCCUCCCACCAAGGCACAAACCAACGAGAGUCUACUCCCACAAAGGGAGAAACUAAAGCCGCUGACUCCUGAAGAGCGCCUAAGGGCUCUCCCUGUCUCCCAAUGCCUGGACUCAAUAAGUGACUUUUUUGACAGCAUGUCUGUCAUAGACUCCUUGCUGGCUCAUCGUGGAGAUGAUGUCGGCAGGGGAAACCUACCAGUCAACACAGCACUAAAGGACGGAAUGACGGACGAUUUGAGGGUUGAAAUGGACACACUUAGCUGGGUAACUGGUGAACGUGUGUUGGAGAUCCAGGCUGCGGUGGAGGAGAUGAGCUUCCAAAAGUGUCGGCACGCUGCAGCAGAGGCCUUGGAUCGAGCCCGGCAGCUGGACGUGGUGGCAGCACUGGCCCUACCUGUGGCUUCUCAUUGUGAAGGACGCAGCUUUACUCAGAGAAGCCUCUGUCAACCCCAGUUGGUGCUGCAGCGGAGAGAUAUUAUGGAGAGUCUGGUGUCCAGAGGAGCGUUUGGCACUCUGGGCAACAGAUCUGCAGCUGCCGUGGACUACUUGCCAGCCCUGCGCACCAUCUGCAGGUCAGAGCAGCUUAAGGAGCAAGGCAGGGUGAAGCGAAGGUUUCUACACUACCUAGAUUCCAUCCAUUUGGGUCUCUCGAAAGAUACUCUCCAAUACCUCACCACAGACUUUCAAUAAUUCUCAGCGAAAAACAUGAGUUUUUGUGAACUUUAUAUACACAAAGAAUUCAGAGUUCCUAUGACAAACUGAAGAAUGAAUAGCUGUGUUUGUAGUGAACUUCUCUCACAUAGCACAUCCUUGAGUGCUUUGAAAGGACUGCAUAAUCAUACAUUUGUACAGUAUUUUAUACUCCUUAGUGGGGAUAUAUUCAUUUGAUUUGCAUCUUAGCACUGUUUUUAUAAUCAAGUAGAAAUUGCUUUUUAAAGCAAAAGUCAAUCAUUUGUAAGAGUUAAACAUGAAAAAUAGAAUGACAUUUGUAUGUGUGUAAAUUGUCUUUGACCACAAAGUAUUUAGGUUUUAAUGGAAGGUUUUUGAGCCCUACAUGUCACUUUCACAUAACCACGUUUUAUGUAAAUAUGUAUAUUUAUUUUCCUUUAUUAAAUUUUUACACAUUCACAUUAGGGUGUAGUGUUGAAAUA